CAGUAAUGACGUCAAGAGUGAAAGAAGCGAGUGUAAUUCACGUAAGCGUGUAAUACACGUAAACUUUCGUGGAAUAAUCGUAAAAUCCUUAGCAACGUUUCUGUUUCCUGUUCACGGGUUAAUUAUGUAAAAACUUUGUUAUUUAAAUAAAUUUCUUGGUAUUUCUCGAGUACAUAGCUUCGUCAGACGUCAGUCGUACAGAAGAAGAAUAGGUGUAUAUUAAGAACUAUAAAGUUGUGAAGAUAUCCGUCAGCAUGAGUGACGUAGUAGGAAAUAUGGGGUCGGUUACAAACGAAUCAAUGCGGGCUGUGGUCUCUGUAGGCAUCUUUACAUUUGGAAUUAGUUGCGAGAAAGCUGCUAUUAUACCUUUGGGGAUCACUGUUGUAUCUCUCUACAGCAUUUACACUCUAAGUAAAAUCUUUCAACCCCCAAUAAAGAAUAUACUUCAAAAUUCACUUAAUAAAGACUCCAGUGAAAAUUCAUCGAAUGGUCCUAGUAAUGAAGUCAGUAAUGUGCGAUCAGGCUCCCUUGUGUUUGAUCUUUCCUGUUUCACUGAAGACCAAUUCAAGGAAGUUUGGGAAGACUAUCAAUCAGGAAUACUACUGCAACGAUUUCAAGAUGAGUUUGAAGCACAUGACGUUAAAGUAGAAGGUUUAAAAGUUGAGAUCAAAAAUUUAAAAGAAGUGAAGGAAAAAAUGGAGAUCAUAAAUUGUAGAUCUUAUAACACGAAAUCAGAAAACCGGCAGCAAGAUGAGUCUGAGGCUGAACUCGUUAAAAUGUCAAGAAAACUGGAUAAUAUUGAGGAAAAUCAGCGCGAGAUAAAAGAGCAUCUACAUUUUAUGAAGCAGAGUAUAAUUCGCGAGAUAAGAGAAAACGUUGUAUCGACACCUGCCAGACUGUCUCGAUCUGAAAGUCUUGGCCUUAAUAACGAUAUCAUCGUUUGGGGUGGCCGAGGUACCGACCAGUCAGAUAUAAAUGUGGUUGAAAAAUUAUCGCUAAACGAGAGUGGCGCCACGUGGGAGAUGUUACCACAACUAAAAAGUGAUAGGUACCACAGUACGGCUGUCGUGAUUGAUUCAAUAAUUUACGUCAUUGGAGACUCAGACAUUAUUGAAUAUCUGGACUAUAAUGGUAAAUCUCUGGAGUGGCAGAAAUUGGAUUUAAAUUUGCCAUUUGUUGUAAACAGCCAGUCAACAGUUGCGCAUGAUGGAAAGAUUAUCCUGAUUGGUGGCUAUAAUAAAAAUAAAGGUGCAUUUUCUAAAGAAAUUAUGGAAAUAUCUCUGUCUGAGCCUAACAAAUGCAAACCACUGUGUGACUUACCCAAGGCAAUUGGCUAUCAUGGGUCAGAAAAGGUGGACGACAAGGUUUUUAUAUUUGGUGGGAAAGAUGAAAAAAAAACCUAUGAUGACGUCGUACUAUUUGAUCUUGCCACAAACAAAUGUGAGAUCAUCUCCAAAUUGCCGCGUCCAUUACGAUCCAUGGGCACUGUUCGCUGUGAACACAAAAUCAUGCUUAUUGGUGGUCAAAAUGAGAAUGGUUUUCGCAUGAAGUCAUUGAAUUUGACAUCAAAACGAAGCUGUAUACUUCGUUACCUCGCCUUAAUAACGCAAGACGUGGAUGCGCAGCUGUCGCAAACGGUGAUGAGAUCAUUGUUAUGGGGGGGUCGGGUCGUAAAGGACCAACCAGAUCCGUCAAAUCAUACAACCUAAAAGAGAAAAUCUGGCGACCAAUGUCAUCUUUGAAGAAAGCUCGUGGUCAUACAGUUGCCGUGAUUUGUACAACGCCAAAUUCUACGAAUGCACGUCGGUCAUCAGAUUCUAUAGACUUAGGAUGGGCUCAAUUGGAGAAUAGUUUAACAUGAUCAUUAAUGACAUGUUUAGAGGGAUGUCAUAAAAUUUUUUACAUCCUAAUUCUUUCUCAUGCGCACAAUUACUUGCUCUCAUUUUCAAUUAUUUCCUUUCAUUAAAUCAUUAGUUGAAUUUGUAUCUUACAUUGUAGUAAUCAUAAUUCCUUCUAGACAGGUGAACUAUAUCUAUAACUUAUAACUAUACUCAAAAUGGUGGUAGAAAAGAAAUUCAAUCAACUGGCAUUAUAAAAACCUUCAAAACACACUAGACAACAAUAUAUUACCCUGAUCCUCAAUGCCAGUAACCCUAACCCUAACGCCUAACGCUGUAACUAACUUGUUUUCAAGUAAAGAAUGUGAAGGUUUUCUCCGGUAAAGCGAAUUCUCAUGAUAAAGAAUAGUCGAUAUUUUGAAAUAUCUGAAGAUUGAUAAAAGUUUAGGCAUUGACAGUACUGGUAAAAGAAACAUGUUAAAAAACUA